GGAUUCUGCGGAGCCUGCGAGACGGCGGCAGUGGCGCCUUAGGCAGCCGGGACAGUGUUGUACAGUGUUUUGGGCAUGCACAUGAUGCUCACACAGUGGCUUCUGCUCACCAACAGAUGAAGACAGAUGCACCGAUGAGACAUUUGAUAAUAGAAAAUGUGGAAGAGGAAGAAGCAGCUUCUCCGCUCCUUCUGGAAUCUCUCCCUAGUUCAGCUCGCCUGCUUCCACUCCUGCCUCCACCAUGUCCACCAGGGUGACCCAUAAGUCCUACAAGGUGUCCACCUCUGGCCCCGGGGCCUUCAGCAGCCGCUCCUUAACGAGUGGGCCUAGUGCCCGCUUGAGCUUCUCCCGAGUGAGCAGUAGUGGCUUCCGGGGUGGCCUGGGUGCAGGCUAUUUUGGGGCCAGCGGCAUAGGCAUGGGAGGCAUCACCGCCAUCACCAUCAACCAGAGCCUGCUGAACCCCAUUAAGGUGGAUGUGGACCCCAACAUCCAGGCCGUGCGUACCCAGGAGAAGGAGCAGAUCAAGACUCUCAACAACAAGUUUGCUUCCUUCAUCGACAAGGUGCGGUUCCUGGAGCAGCAGAACAAGAUGCUGGAGACCAAGUGGAGCCUCCUGCAGCAGCAGAAAACGGCUAGGAGCAACAUGGACAACAUGUUUGAGAACUACAUCAACAACCUGAGGCGGCAGCUGGAGACUCUGGGCCAGGAGAAGCUGAAGCUGGAGGCGGAGCUUGGCAACAUGCAGGGGCUGGUGGAGGACUUCAAGAACAAGUAUGAGGAAGAGAUCAAUAAGCGUACAGAGAUGGAGAAUGAAUUUGUCCUCAUCAAGAAGGAUGUGGAUGAAGCUUACAUGAACAAGGUAGAGCUGGAGUCUCGCCUGGAAGGACUGACUGACGAGAUCAACUUCCUCAGGCAGCUGUAUGAAGAGGAGAUCCGGGAGCUGCAGUCCCAGAUCUCCGACACGUCUGUGGUGCUGUCCAUGGACAACAGCCGCUCUCUGGACAUGGAUGGCAUCAUUGCCGAGGUCAAGGCGCAGUACGAGGAGAUCGCCAACCGCAGCCGGGCUGAGGCGGAGAGCAUAUACCAGAUCAAGUAUGAGGAGUUGCAGAUGCUGGCUGGGAAGCACGGGGAUGACCUGCGGCGUACGAAGACUGAGAUCUCCGAGAUGAACCGGAACAUCAGCCGGCUCCAGGCUGAGAUCGAGGGCCUCAAAGGCCAGAGGGCUUCCCUGGAGGCUGCCAUUAGAGAUGCUGAGGAUCGCGGGGAGCGGGCACUCAAGGAUGCUCAUGACAAGCAGAAGGAGCCGGAGGCCGCCCUGCAGCGGGCCAAGCAGGACAUGGCAAAGCAGCUGCGUGAGUACCAGGAGCUGAUGAAUGUCAAACUGGCCCUGGACAUCGAGAUCGCCACCUACCGCAAGCUACUGGAGGGCGAGGAGAGCCGGCUGGAGUCCGGGAUGCAGAACAUGAGUAUCCACACGAAGACCACCAGCGGCUAUGCAGGUGGUCUGAGCUCUGCCUAUGGGGGCCUCACAAGCCCCGGCCUCAGCUAUGGCCUGGGCUCCAGCUUUGGCUCUGUCGCGGGCUCCAGCUCCAUCAGCCGCACCAGCUCCAUCAGCCGCACCAGCUCCACCAAGGCUGUGGUUGUGAAGAAGAUUGAGACCCGCGAUGGGAGGCUGGUGUCUGAGUCCUCUGACAUCCUACCCAAGUGAACAGCUGCAACAGACCCUCCCAGCCUGCCCCUCCUGAGGCUGCCCCAGAGCCCAGGAGGGAGGUUGCUGUGCAGGGGAGCGCAGGGAACAGGAGACCCACCUGACGCUCAGCCCGAGCCCUCAGCCCACCGGCGCUCAGCCCUAGCCCUCAGCCCACCGGCGGGGAGUUUACUGCCUGGGGACCCCCCUUACUCAUGCCUCCAGUUGCAAAACAAUUCAAUUGCUUUUUUUUUUUUGGUCCAAAAUAAAAUCUCAGCUAGCUCGGAAAAAAAAAAAAAAAAAGAAAAUGUGGAAGAGGCUGGCCGCAGUAGCUCACACUGUAAUCCCAACACUUUGAUUUGCCAAUUUCAAGGUCAGGCGUUCAAGACCAUCCAGUCUGAUCGACAUGGUGAAACCCCGUCUCUACUAAAAUUACAAAAAUUAGCCAGAUGUGGUGGCUCAUGCCUGUAAUCCCAGCUACUUCAGAGGCUGAGGCAAGAGAAUUUGUUUGAACCCAGGAGGUGGAGGUUAGCCGAGAUUGCAUCAUUGCACUCCAGCCUGGGCAAUAAGAGCAUAACUCUAUCUUUAAAAAAAAAAAUCAUUGUCUUCAGGAUGGGAUUUGAAAAAGAAAAUGUGGAAGAGAACAUUAACACAAAAUAAAUGCCAAAUAAAAAU